UCAUUAGAUAGUGAUUCUAAAAUGCAGACAGGAUGCGCGUAUCUACCACCUUACACUCUGCUUUUACUGGUUAAAAUUACACAGUUCAGCCUAGAUGGGGUGUAGAACAUUUCCAAUUUAAUCAUGUUUCAUAAUUAAUUACCAUGACAAUAUAUCUAUGCAAAGUCCACAGAGCUGGUUAAACACAGACAGGUGUGACAGCGUACUUCCUCAACACGUCCAUUUUGCAGAAUCCUUGUUCAAGCAGUAGCCAGUGGCAGUUGUGAUGGCUGCGUUUGGUUACACAAUAACCAAUGGCUAACAGAGCAUGCGUGAACCAAACACAGCUGGUAUGCAAUAUGAGUCAAUAUCUUAAACCAUAAAUAGCAUAGCCAAGAACUAGUUGAACUCUCCUGCAUGGCAGUGGGCUGCAUGCGAAGAUCUUCCCUUGAGUUGGGACGCCUCUCAAGAUUACUUCUCAAGGCUGAGAGAUUCCUUACCCACAACAGAUUCUCAGUAUUCAAGUCAUACAAGAACAAACAAAAAACCUCGAUGACCAUCAGAAAAAGUGCACGACGGUCUCUCAGAUGGCAAGUACUGUGCAAACAAAUUAUGACAUCAACAUCUAAAGGAAUUUUCCGGCCAUUUUUGAUUAUCUUCAUUGUCCUUGGUUGUUUCAUGGCAUUUAUACUAAUUUAUAUUAAACCAACAAGCAGCUGGAUCUCUAGUCCUGUGGAAUCAGCCAGCUCAGUUUUGAAAAUGAAGAGCUUCUUUUCUUCCAAAACUGAUAAUUUUAAUGAAACUAUUAUUUUGGUUUGGCUUUGGCCAUUUGGCCAGACAUUUGAUCUAACAUCCUGCCAAACAAUGUUCAACAUCCACGGGUGCCAUCUGACUAUUGACCGCUCACUAUAUAACAAGUCCCACGCAGUUCUUAUUCAUCACAGGGACAUUAACUGGGAUCUGACUAAUUUACCUCAGCAAGCCAGGCCACCAUUCCAGAAAUGGAUUUGGAUGAACUUGGAAUCUCCAACUCAUACACCACAGAAGAGUGGCAUUGAACACCUCUUUAACCUAACCCUGACUUACCGACGUGAUUCAGAUAUUCAGGUGCCUUAUGGCUCCAUGAUGGUCGGUACAAGCUCCUUUACGUAUGAAGUGCCAAGUAAAGAAAACUUGGUUUGUUGGGUUGUAAGUAACUGGAACCCUGAGCACGCUCGAGUCAAGUAUUACAAUGAGCUUAGCAAAUACAUUGAAAUCCAUACCUACGGGCAAGCCUUUGGAGACUACGUCAAUGAUAAAAACUUAAUUCCAACUAUCUCCAGUUGCAAAUUCUACCUUUCAUUUGAAAACUCAAUCCACAAAGAUUACAUUACUGAGAAACUUUACAAUGCUCUUCUGGCUGGAUCAGUACCAGUUGUACUGGGCCCUUCCAGAGAAAACUACGAGAAUUACAUUCCAGCAGACUCCUUUAUCCAUGUGGAAGAUUUUCUAUCCCCAAGAGAGCUGGCAGAAUAUCUUCUGAUGCUUGACAAAAAUAACAAGAUGUACCUUAGUUACUUCAACUGGAAGAAGGAUUUCUCAGUGUAUCUUCCUAAAUUCUGGGAAUCGCAUGCAUGUCUUGCUUGUGAUCAUGUGAAAAGACACCAGGAAUACAAAUCAAUUGGAAAUUUAGAAAAAUGGUUUUGGAACUAAUUUGUAUGAGUGUCUAUAUGCACUUUUUUUUGAAGAAGCUAAUGGAUCUGUAGUCUAAGUGAAGAGUAAAGGAAUAAGGAAAAAAGAAGGAAGGAUGAACCUCACAGAACCUUACGACAAGGUUUAUCAGCCAUCCUCUCUUGGCAAUCCUAUUUAUAUUUUGUAAGAGAUUUUAAAAAUUAUGAGCAGCAGUCAUCAAUACGCAGUUUUAAAUUAUAAUGUACAUACUAAUUACAUGCACUGAAGAAUAUAUGAUUGUUUACUAUAAUUUUUAAACAAGAUUUUUCACAUUUUCUGUGGAGUAUGUCUCAGUCUUACACAUAAAGUUGACAUUUAAAAAAAUUCUUUUCUUGUUUUUUUUUCCCUUAGUUUUUUUUUUUUAAACAUUUUAUUCACCGUCUAAUCUAUUUGCAAAAUGAGAACACAACUCCCAAAUGCCAUAGAGAAUUUUAAAAGGAUAAUUUGCUCUACUUGUCUGAAAUAUGUGUAAUAUUUGAUUUAAAACAACAACAACAAAAAAGAACAAGAAAGAGACAGUUCAGUAUCUACAAUUAUUUCAGUGUGAUAAAAUGCAUCCCUUUUUAAGGGUGCACAAUCUAGAAAUACAGUUUUUAAAAACGAAUCCCUGUAGCAGACAGUCUUUGUUUAAAAAAAAUAAAAGAUUUCACAAUAAACAACUCCUAGAGUCACUUUAGCAAUAUGUCAGUUCUUACCUUCUGAAGAACAGAGAAACAACAUAUUGAGAAAAUAAACAAUCUUCAGGACCAAAGCCCUGGUUUAUCCAGCUUUUCAUUGAAUUUAAAUGUAGCGUGUCCUUAAGUUUCCUCGUGUCUCAAGUACAGUUUAUAUGAACCUGGGCUGUAAUUGGUAUUAUGCUAAUGCAGAAGUAAACAGAUUUUAAUUUAGGCAUUUGAUUGAAUCAAGUUCAUGCACUGAAUUCAGCUGGUAGUAGUGAUUGUUUAGAAAUAGCUUGUUGAGAAAUUCUGGAAAUUUAUCUCAUAAUCAUUUUUGUAAUUGUGUUUCUCUCCACUUCUAUGAAGGUCUGUUGAACUUUAUUGAUAGAUGGAUGACUUGCUGAGUGGCAAGUUUCAUUUCUGAAAGAAAUAUCCUGAAAAUCAGUAAAUAAGUUAUGCUGAAGUAUUCAACCGUUCAACUCAUUAAGCUAAUGAGUUCUGGUUUUUGAAACUAUUUUAUGUGACAGGUAUAAGCAAAAGCAAUCUCAAGAACAGUAGAUGCUUUCAAAGGCAAGUUCUUAUGUAUUAAAUUUGCUCUGAUAGCAAAUACAAAAAUGUGAUGAUUGUUAUGAUUGUUUAAAGUAUGUCUGUUUCUAAUGUCUGUUAUUUGAUCUUGUUACUAUUUUUUUUUUUUUUUUUUUCAGCAGCCAAGACUUAAAUACUGAAUUGCUAUGUAUUGUCUUAUGUAUAAGGUUUGUUUAAUGACAUGGACAUACAGAUAUUUCGUUAGGAACUGGAAGCAAAUCAGCUUGUUUGGUUUUAUGCCAAAUAUCGCAGAUCACUCUUACUAAUGAGCUGCAGACAGCUCCAGAAUCAUAUGUCUACUUUUUUAAUACGUUUCAAACCAUACUGAAUAUGUUCAUUAUUUUCUUUAAAUUACAGAAAGGGUUGUAAAAGAAAUUGAAAUAAAUGUUAAAAGUUACAAACUCACUGGCAAACAUCACACAGUAAACUAGUACAUUAUUCCAAUAGUUAGCAAGUGAACAUUGACUUGAAACUUUUAAGACUAUCCAUGAGUAAAAUGAAAUGAGUUGUAAAAAUGUUGACGAAUGAAGGUGCAUUUUCAUUUACUGUGAACAAAUAUAUGCUCUGCUACUAAAGUAAGGCCUGGUAACAGAAACUAUCAAAAAGAAAAAAAAAGUCAAAAGAUGAAAAGAUCAUAAAAGUUAGUAAAAAACUUCAGCUUAUGUGAUAUAGAAGACCUUAUUCAAUCAACAUAAUUGAUCAAAUAUGUAAGAUUAAACCUGAAGACAAAACUCUGAUGGAGAGAUUAGGGGAUAAGCGAUGAUAAAAUUUAGCAAAAAAUAAUGUGAUCUGUGAGAUACUUCUUUUACCUCAGGCUGGAAUACAAACAUGGAAGGUUGUAUGAGAAAUAUAGUUAAGCAUUUAAACUCAGAACCUCAUUUGGAAGUGUUACAGACAAACUUGUGAUCCUCCCUAUGGCUUCAAAAGCUUUUUUCGGAUCCAGAUAUUAAUUUAUUUUGCUGCCUUUAAAAGUUUAUUUACAAGACAUGUGAGCCUUCUAGAUUCACCAGCAUUCCAGAAGGAAAAAAGAUGAUCUUACCUUACAAAUUAAUGCAAUAGAAGGAAACAGUCUUCUAAAAACAAAGUGCUGACAUAUAUGUAAGGUGAAUAGCAUUUAUAUUGUUUUGAAGGCAAGUGUCUAUUACCUACAUGAACAAAACCUUUCUAUUUCUUCAUACCUUUUGUUUUCAGGAGGGUUGUGAAGUUUUCAGCUGCUGAAAAUGCCAUUGCUGUGGUUAGGUAACCUGAUCUCCUUGAUGAUGGAAUUCAGAUUUUUUUUUGCAUUGACCUCACUAGAAUUAUAUUCACUCAUUUGUGAACUUCCACUGUCCCGCACUUCAUUCCUCACACCAGACAGCAGGAGUUCUGCUGGGUAUUACAAGGACUUAUUCAGGUAUGACCAGUUCCUUAGCUUCAAGAUUCAGCAUAUCAGCUCUUACUUUAUUAAAUAGUGAGCACAAUAAUGAAAUGACAAAAAAUAUUACUUGUUACUAUGAAAAUAUAUUGGUAUUGUGGUUAAACCUAGCAGACAGAUAACCACCACACAGCUGUUCACUAAUUCCCCUCAAAGUGAGAUAGGAGAGACAAUCAGAAAAAAUGUGAAACAAAUGGGUUGAGAUGAAGACAGUUUAACAUGACAGAAAAGGAAGAUUUAAUUUAAAGAAUUAAUUUAAAAUAAUAAUUAUAAAAGAAUGUAAUGCAAUUGCUCAUCACUUGCCAAUCAACACUCCAGCAGUCCCUAAGCCACUCUCAGCCAACUCCCCCAGUCUUAUUGUUCAUCACAGUGUCAUAUAGUAUGGAAUACCCCUUUGGACAGUUUGGAUCAGCUGUCUUGAUUCUGUCCCAUCCCAGCUUCUUGUGACACCUGCCUACUCAUUCUCAGGGCACCACAAGGAGUUGAAAAGUCCUUGACUUGUUAUAAGACAUCAUCAACUAAAGAAUCAGGAUUUCAGAAUUUCAGAAUCAUCAGAAUUCAUUCUUCAUUAGUCUGGGUAAUUCUUAUUGUAAUACCAUUAAUAUGGCAUAUGGCAACCAUAAUAGUGAUUACAUAUAAUAGUGAUGCAGUAUUAUGCAGCAAUUAACACUAUACAAUUCAAAUCAUUGACUAUUCUCACACAGCAUCAAAUUCCCUUGAGGUACACACUGGACUUCCUUAUCAUCCUGUGUCACCCACCAAAUGCACCCAGGUCCCCAAGCAAAAGUUGGGUUUGCCUUUGCCUGGGGCAGAAAUAACUCAGGCUGUCUUGCCCAACAUGUUUUUUCACGUGCAUUACAAGGACUUUAUCUCCUUCUGCAUGUGACUGGACAGAGCCAGCUCAGUUGUCAAAUCCACUAGUGACUAAUCUCAUGGCUUGUGCUAAAUGUGUAUCCCAAUGUUUGAAUGGCCCAGUACUCGCUGCUCUCAGUGAAGUCUUUAGAAGUCCAUUGUAGCAUUCAGUUUUACCAGAGGCUGGUGCAUGACUGGGGAUGUGAUAUACUCACUCAGUGCCAUGUUCCUUGGCUCAGGUAUUCACAAAGUUAUUUCAAGAAUGAGUCCCAUUAUCUGAUUUAGUUCUUCCUGGGGUGCUUUGUCACCACAAAACUUGCUUUUAAGGGCUCAGGAUAGUGUUUUGGAUGGAGGCAUGGAGCAUGGGAUAUGUUUCCAGCCAUCUGGUUGAACAAGCACAACUUGGAGAGCAGAAAAGCCAACAUUGUGACCUGCAACAAUGAAAAUGCUAUAAUGCUCGCAACAAUUUUGUUUAAACAUAACCUGUUUAUAUCUAUCAUUUUCUUAACUAUUUGAACCCUCUGCUGGGUGCCAAAAGGACUGCUGUGGUUUAAUCUGUCUGGCAGCUAAGUACCACACAAUGUACUGCCACCAUUUACUUAUUCACCCUGCACUGGGAUGGGGGAGAGAAUAAGAAAAAAAUAUAAAACUCAAGGGUUGAAAUCAAGACAGUUUAUCAGGACAGAAAAGGAAGAGAUAUAUAUAUAUAUAUAUAUAUAUAUAUAUAUAUAUGCACAAUGCAAUUACUACUGACUGAUGCCCAGCUAGUCCCUAAGCAGUGCCCAGCUCCAGCCAAUUUGCCCAUGACAGUGUUCAUAUGGUAUGGAAUAUCCCUUUGGCCAGUUCAGUUCACUUCUCCUGGUUAUGUUUACUCCCAGCUCCUCGUGUCCCCCCGCCCCCUCUCUGUCAGGGCAGCAUGAGAAGUUGAACUGUCCUUGAUUCAGCACAAAAAAUGCUCAGCAACAACUAAAUCCAAAUCACAGCACCAUACUUUUAGAAAGAAAGCUAUCCCUGCUGAAACCAGGUCAGAUGUAUACACUGAAAAUUUUUGAAAUAUAUCCUAAGUAUUAAGACUGUAAGUAAUGUUGACCUCAGUGAGCACUGGAUUCAGUCAGUGUGGAAAUUCCUAUUCUAAGUUCUAAGGUAUGUGAAAGUUUUUUGCUGCAAAUGGAAGCAGAGUACUUCAUAGAAACUCCACUCAAGUUUGUAUAUGUUGCCUUCAGGAUGCACUGGUCAAAUUGUUUCAAAGAUUAAUAAAACAAGAGAGAAAUCUAUUUUAUAUUGAAACAACAAAGAAUUAAUAUUAAAUUCUAAACAACAGACAAGGCUCUAAUGCUUUAGUGACAUUCCUGAAGCAUGUUGACUGUAUAUAAGUGAGCCAGUCAUUUUAUGAAGAUCUUACAGGGAUCUACAGGCUGGAUGGGGCUUUGAAUAACCUGGUUUAGAGGGAAGUGUCCCUGCCUGUAGUAGCAGGGUUGGAACUACAUGAUCUUAAAGGUCCUGUUUCUAUUCAAUGAAAACAAGGUAUUGUUUAUGUCUUGAUACUGCUGGCAAAAGAAGGUAAUCAUACAAUUAAAGAGAAAUAAAAGAUGAGAAAUUGAACCAAUUCUUAUUUUUUCUCAACAAUUUACUUCUGUUAUUGUGUUUAUUUGCCAGCCCACAAUAAUCCAGUUGCACAGUUACUUACUUACUUGUCACAAAUUACCUCAUUAAAAGCAGAGAAUAUUUUAGAAUACUUUCUUUUGGAUGUUUUUAGGUGCUCUGUCAUACAAUGAGCUAUGAACACUACUAUCCUUAUCAGUAUGGAAAAUAAGACACAAAACAGAUAAAAUACAAAUAGCAAAUACACUGCUAUCCCACUGAAUGUGGGAAUGAACAGAUGUCAGAUGAACUGGCAGUAGAUCAUUCUGAAAUAGACUUUUCCUUUAAUUUUACCAACACUCAAUGACCACAGCAGCUCCUGCUCAACAGGAGAUCUCCCUUCCUUAGCAAAGGCUGAUUGCGAGUUUCUUUGAAUGCCUCUUGCUAUCUGAGGCUGUCCACAGAUUGUCCGAGUAAUUAUGAGCAACAUAUUUGUCCUGUAGGAAGCAUAUCAAAUAAAAUGAAAGAUGGACAAAAAGAACAGCAAAACACAGAGUUGCAAAGUUCAUGCAGACUGAGCGCUGCCUGUGAGCAUUGCUGAGCAUGAAAACAACUAGUUACUGGCUCUAGCUCCUCAUGCUUGUUUCUCAACCUGAAUAUAAAAAACAUACCAUGUAAUAUUCUCCCAUUUCUAAUCAGGCAAGCAUCGGUUAAAUAACCAAUAACUGUUGCAGAUCAUUCAAGAAUGUCACUCCUGUUAGUACUGGAUUCUGUCUCAUAUUAUAAAAGAUAACAUUUGGGGUGAAGGGUGAAAUCUGUCAGUGAGGUAGUCAUGUCUCAAGUCCAACAUGAAGAAUCUCAUUAUCUUUUCUUUUUUGAUUUUGAAACGGAUUCUUCUUUUAUGCAACAAUGCUUUUUUGGAUCUAGUUCAGGAAGAGCCUUAAGCACAUGCAUAUGACUUGGAGACUUAAGCACGUGCUUAAAUUUAAGAGCAUCUUAACUGGCUUAAUGCAAUGGAGCUUUUAGCAUUAUAUUAUUAUUGGCUUUGGGAGCUGUGUGAAAAAGCACAGCAUAUAGCAGAGGCCAUCUUCUGUGCUCCUUAUUGAAUCCAUGAGUCUACCCCGUGAUUAGUCUUGCAACUCCAAGCUGAAAAAUCUUUGGACUAAUUUUGGCUUAGUGUUAAUUAAUUCGACUUACCCCCCACUCUUCUGCUUCAGGACACCGCCUGUUCCACCAUUUCCUCAUGCCAUCCACUAAGCACAGCACCCCUCCUUACUGCUGAGAGUGUGCUUGUGUGCGAGAAAUAGAACUGAGAGGAGAUGAGAUAGCAUUUAGACAACAGUCCUAGGAAGAAAGCAUAAAAUCUGAUCAUGUCUGCAUCCAGUUUACUCAGCUGAGAGUGUCCUAGAGGGAUCAGAAUAAGCCAUACACGACUUUCCUCUUGGAAGAAAAUAUUUUGUUUGGUCUGGAUGGAACUCAGUGAUCGAACAGCCAUGUGUGCAAAUUGGUAACAAGAGGUCCACAGUCUGGGAGAGAUAAAGGGUAUCAGUGUAUCUGUGCAGGCUGACAAGGAAGCUUCUGACCUAUUUAAAUCUAACAGUCAGUUUUCAGAUAGUCAAAGUCAGUUAGUCAAAUUUUCAGGUGCUUCCUUAGUAAAAACCAGUGUGCUAAAGAAAAGAGAAUCUAGGUGAUUAUCUGACAGUUGGUGGGCUUUCUAAUUAAUACUGGUUAAUAAUUCCAUUAUGGUUUCAGGGUUUUUUUGUGUGUUUCUUUCCUAACAUAUGCAAUUUUUAAGUGUUAGACUUCAAUCAGUGUAAUUCAUACAGAAUAGAUGUUUCAGCUUUAACUUUCACUCCUUGCUCAGGGAAAUCUCCCACUGAAGUCAGAAACUGGUUUGGAAGAUUCCCACAUGGUAAUACAGGUUUGAGUGUAGAGUGGAAUGGCUGGAGUUAAAACAACCUUCUUAUUCAUGUAUGCUUCCCCUUUAAUAUUGGAAUAAUUCUAGUGCUAUAGACUACCUUCAGAGAAUCAGUGUAACAAUCAUACUGGUUAGAUGUGUCCAUUAAUGUUACAAGAUUGCCAAUAAAUUGAUGUAAUAAACCAUGCAAUAGUAAUUUUAAUUCAUGGCACAAAUAUUAUCAAGUGAUACAGAUAAUAAAACCAUAAAUUCAUGAGAAAUAAUUAGGUCUAGAGACAGCAUCUUGCAGUUUCCAUACUGGAAAAAGUCACUUAAUUAUGCUAUUGGAAAGGUAAUUAAUUGAGGAUCUUUUAUGUCAUCACAUUCUCCAUGCAAUUAACUGAAACCAACAGUUUCUGUGCAGUGGAUAGUUCAGAGAUUUGGUUGCGUUGCAGACAGCCUUUCACCUCCAGGUUAAUAGCCUAAAUUAUGAGUAGGUUGGUGCAGGCAGCUAUUUGGAAACGUCUAGUAGAUGAUACUGUUAUCUCAGUAGGGUUUCUUAUUUCUACUUUCAGUAAAGGAGACAAAGAACUAAAGUGAGAGUCAUUUGACAUCUCUGUGCAUUUCUCAGCACACAGACAGGAUGGCCCAGGAUGCUCUCAGUCCUGCAGCCAGCACCACGACUGCUUACAAUUGCACAGAAGAUUCUGCUGUCCUCAAGAACAUUGGCUUUUUUUGAAGCAUGGUGUUUGUCUGGACAAAUGAAGUAUUUAUACCUGGAAGAACUCUUCAUUAACAUUCCUAAGUAAAUACUUAAUAAGAAAAUUAUCUAAUCAUUGCAAAUUGGCAGCAAAAGCAACUGUUACUUAGUCUUUAUAUGAAUUACUCAAAUGUAAAAUAGGCUGUGAAGAAAUCUUAUCCCCCUGACUAAAUAUCAGUUUGGACUGAUGUACAGGGACAUCCAUGGCUGCAAAAUUUGCAAGAUAUACCACAAAUCAAUGCUUACAUAUACGAAAUUGGGAUAAAUUUGCUAUAUAUAACUCAGCACUUCAGCAGUCACCAGAUUAAAAUGCUCCCAUCAAUUCUUUUCUUUAUAACAUGGUACAAAAGGCCAGUCUUAUAAAUGCUGCUUGGCAAAUAAUUUAUCCCUAAAAUCUAAAUUUUCUUUUGAUUUUUUCUUUUGUAACACAUAUGUUAGACAGGACUUAAAAGUAUGGGAAGUUAACUCUCUUGGUGCAAGUUAAUGUUUUAAAGAUACAAAGAAGGCAUUGAAGACAAUAAAGUGAGAAGAUUUUCCAUCUACACAAAAUCCUAAUGUGCCAAACUGUUUCCAGUGAAUGAAAAAAGCAGUUAAAUAUAACGACUUUUUAUUAGGAUUUGCAAAUCUUCUACUACCGCACUGUAAUUUUGCACUAUUUUGUAAGAAAAUUUAAAAAAAAAAAAAAAAAAAAAAAAAAAAAAGGAAAAGGAACUGAGAAUGAAACAGAGAAAAAAAAAUCUAAAAAUAGAUGCCAAAUGUAUAGUUUGUAAAAUACUAUUUUUCUUAUAUAAGGUGUCAUCACAUAGUGAAUCUAACUGUAUUAUUGUGAACUGUGAAAAAUGUGAUGUACUGUUGUGACACAGCCUACCAAGGGUCAUUCCUAACAUACAAGAUUAUUCACCUGGACUUGUUUAUAUACGAUACAUAUUCACAAAUCUGGUAUCAUUUUUAUACUUAUUUUUUGUAGACUAUUUUUCCACAUUUACAGCACAACUGUUAUUUUAUAUCAAACAUUAAUUUUACUUCAAAAUAUUAUUUAAACAGGUGAGUGGGUGUCUUAAAUGUGCCAGAGAUUCAAAACCGUAAAAAAGGUAAUUCAGAAACUACUAUAUGACAAAUUGUAAUGCUGCUGAAAUCUGAGAUGUUUUAUUGAAAAAGCAAGCACACUGUCAUAAACAAUGAUGUCUGGUCCACCAUAAUGUUGAUAAUGUUACAUUCACUCGGAUAAAUAUCUGAUGGUUAUGAGCUGCAUUUCUAUUCUUUCUUUCUGUACACUGGCAAAAUGAUACAGGUUGCCAUAGUCAAACACUUUGAUAACAUGGCAUGAACUUGAACUCCAAAAUAUAUUGAUGUUAUUUAGGAGAAAACCCCUCAAGCUGCCUGUGCUGAUACAAAUCCACUUUGGGAAUCAGUCAUCUUAAUGUGGGAUUAUUGAUUGUUGUACUCAGGACUGUGUCUCAACAAAUAUAGUAAGUUCUGUAUGUAAAAACAUGGGACCACGUUUGUUCUCUUAGUGCAAGAUCAGGACCAAAGUCCCUUUCUUGUAUACUGGAGCUUACACAUGUAGCAUUCUAUGGGAUCUGAUAUAAAUCCUUUCUUCAUGUUUUCAACUAAUGAUGUUCCUUGUACAGAAAACUUUUAUGUGUUUUAUAUAAUAUAUAUAAAGCAUAAAUUCCUGUGUAAGAAAUAAUAACCAUGGAAAACUGGAUUUUAAUAAAAUUAUGAAAACCAUUCUUACAUUCAGGCACAUUUUAAGAUGCCAUGUUAAAAGGAAAUCUUGUAAAAAGCUGCAUUUUUUUAUUUAUUAGUGAUUAUAUCUUUUGGCUCAUGACAUUUAUAAAAGAGAUUCUAUCAGACUAUUUCUUUGUUCCCUUUGAAUAAUCUCAUCACCCUGAGGUACGUCUGAAAAAUGUAGAAGUUUAACCACUGAUGCUUUUCAGUAUAUUUUUAAUUUGAUGUUGUUGUUAAACUUUCUUCUGAUUACCUAUAACUAUGCUCAGAAUCUUAAACACAAUUUAACAGCAGUCAGGAGAUAUGUAUGAAGCUACAGGUAACUGUAACCAUUUCAAGGACAUUCAUCAUUUAUGUGAAAUUAAUCUCUCUGAAAUCUGACAUGGUAAACAAGCAGCUCACUGACUCUUACCUACUGAGCACUGGAAUUCUCCCCAAAGCAUAAACACUGACUUAUGUAAAUAAUAGUGCUCUAAAUAAGCCUAAUAAAUUACUGUAAUAGUUAUAUUUAAAAUAAAAACUUCUAAGUGUA